AUGCCCUCGGCCGCAGGGGCUCGCGCCCUGCUGUCCGUGUCAGUAAGGGAGUCGGCAGCAUCAGCGUCUGCUUCGCACUGUCGUGCUCGCUCGCGUCCUCGCCUGCCUCCUGCUCGUGUCCCCAUCCAGAUCCAGCAACAAGCCAACGUCCAUAAUGCAGCCCGUCGCCGAUGCUCUUCUAAUGGGCCUGCCCCCCCUCGCAACCCCGUGUCUGUCGUGACGCCCCAGAAUCGCGGAUUCCACGCCUCUGUUGCUGUAAGAGGCAGGUCGAGUGAAGAUCCCGGGGCGGCGGACGAUCCGUCAAAAGAGGGCAGCGCGGGAGUGCCAAAUAAAAACAGCCACUCGGCAAAGGAGAACGCUACAAACAGCACCACCAGCGGGAAAGAAACUCCCGAUACCAGCGCCAAACCCCCCGCCGAAACCCCCGCCCAACCCCCCGUCGAAGUCAACAACAAGCGCGAACGACUUCGCAGCCAGGGCUAUGGCUCCGCUCGUGCCCGUGCGACACGCAACCUGCGCGUAGAUGAGACCGUUGCCGUGCAGCUCCCGAAAUGGUUCAUGGACGACUGUGUCUCGUUAUACGAGCAGCGGCCCAUCGGCAGCCCCAACACCUUGUUACUCCCACUGCUGGAGCAGGACCGGGAGGAUGUGGCUGCUGUGCUGGACGCCCGGAUCGAGGAGGCUGCCCUGACCGAGGACGAUGUCGCUGCCGCGAAGGAGAAACUUCUGCGUGCCGCUCAGCGCGGAGUUGCGGCUGUUGCGCCGGUGGCUGAGCAACUUGUGGGGAGGGCAAGAGAUGUGCAUAACGCAGCGUUCUUCCAGGCGCUGGCAAUGGUGCAUACCGAUAGUGCCGACCCAGAGCAUUUGGACAGGUUGAGGCAGCACUAUGCUGAGAGGGCAAGCGAGAUGGAGAGGCUGGCCUGGUGGCCGGAUGAGAAGCUUUCACUGGAUGCGCAGCGGUGGUUGGCGAAUCUAAGAUCUGAGGCUGUGCCUGGAUCGGGGUCGCUUCAUGGUAGUCCGCUCGCUAAGCGCCCGAGUGUUGAGUACCCCGUAUGCAUGGAGCUGCUGGCUGCAAUCAGGACACAGCUGGAGACACCGCCGCCGAUUAGCCAGCAUCCCAAUUCUCGGAGGCCGGUUAAUAUCCUGGCGGUGCUGAACCGGAAGGGGAGGACUGUGCCGCAGAGCGUGAUCAACGAUAUUGCGACUGAUCUGAAUGCCGACGUGGUUCAUCUGGAUGCGCAUAUCCUCGCCGACCUGAUCGGGAGACACCUCGGCCAAAACCCCUACGCCGCGCGUGGCUCCCUCACCAUGCUCGGCUACGGUGCGGCUGAACUCAACGGCCGCCUGGCUCCGCGUCCUGAUCCAGACGCUGAACUCAACCUAGGCAUGGUCUCCGUCACCCUGCCGCCGCGUCUGCGCUCGUUCAGGUCGUUGUACAAAGACAGCUACUCGGCCGGUGCCUCGUCCGAAGGCAGGUGGGACGAUCUGAAGAUGGGGACUGCCCUAGAGACGCUGAUUUCCGCGGCGGAGAUUAAGAGGGGAUUGAUGAGGGCUCAGGAGGAGGAGAGACCCAAGUUCAGCGUGCCGGCUCAGAAUUUGAUUGUGCAUGUGCAUGAUUUCGCGGAGCUGAGUUCGUUGCAUCCUUCGUUGAUUACCAAGUUGAGGACGAUUGUGGAUCGGAUGUGGCUAGGGGGGAGGAGAGUUGUUUUGGUCGGGUCGUCGUCAGGCGACCAGAAUAGCCCGAGUCGGUGGAGGGAUCAGCUUGCGGACCUGGGCCAGGAUGGGGAUCAUAUCAUCCCGUUCCAGGCUGACGAGAGCAGUCAGUGGACGGAGUUGUACGACAAUGUGCGGGAUAACCUCGCCAAUGUGGAGGCCAUGCUGCGGGGGAUGCUCGGUUUCAAUGCGGAUAUCAACCUGGGCAAGGUGCGCAUUGAGGACGGGCCUGCGUUGGUCGACAGCAAGGAGGGUAGCGUGGGCAAGGUGUUCUCGAGUCAUCUGUACGAUGCGCAGUGGAUUUACAGGUUGGCCUCUCUCAUGGUCGGCUGCCGCGCCCCGCGCUACGACAAGUUCCGCCUCAGCAACCUCGAGUAUGCCCUGCAGUAUAUGUCGGACCAGAACAAGCAUUGGUCGAGCAUCUGUCCGAGUGUGCAUCCGCCUUACUUCUCGCCUCUGCUUACUCCGCGCAAGAACAGGGGUGAGGGGGUAGAGUGGGACUUUUCGCUGUCAUCUGGUGGUGGCGGGGGCGGUGAUGGGAGGGGAGGGAGCGGUAGCGGGGGUUUCGGGGGUACUUCUUCGUCUAAGGAAUACGACCAGCACGAGAAGAAGUUGCUCUCGGGGUUGAUCAACGCCAAGGACCUGCACACAACCUUCGACGAUAUCGUUGUCCCGCAAGAAACCAAAGACUCCCUCAUCGGCCUGACCUCCCUCUCGCUCAUCCGCCCCGAGGCCUUCUCCUACGGUAUCCUCAAAACGGAACGAGUCCCAGGUUGUCUGCUCUACGGUCCCCCGGGUACCGGCAAAACCCUCCUCGCAAAAGCAGUCGCCAAAGAGUCUGGUGCAAACAUGCUCGAAGUCUCUGCCGCCUCCAUCAACGACAUGUGGCUGGGUCAGUCCGAAAAGAACGUCCGCGCCCUGUUUUCCCUCGCACGCAAACUCUCUCCCUGCGUAAUCUUCCUCGAUGAAGCGGACGCUUUGCUGGGCGCAAGACAAAACACACCCGGCCGCUCCGGCCACCGCGAGACUAUCACCCAGUUCUUGCGGGAAUGGGACGGGUUGUCGGGGCCGUCUAACCCUGAUCAAAGGGCGUUUAUUAUGGUCGCGACCAACAGGCCUUUCGAUCUGGACGAGGCGGUGCUCCGCCGCUUGCCGCGCAAGAUUCUCGUCGAUCUCCCUCUCCGCGCAGAAAGAGAGAAAAUCCUGCGCGUCAUGCUCCGUGAUGAGGUUUUAGAUUCAGACGUUGACAUCGCCUAUCUAGCAGGAGAGCCCACCGAGCUGUACUCCGGCUCCGACCUAAAAAACCUGUGCGUCUCAGCGGCUAUGGAGGCCGUCCGCGAGGAAGUCCGCCUGCGCGACGCGCACACGGGUGACGAGCCGUUUGUGUGGCCCGAGAAGAGGGUGUUGAAGAAGAAGCAUUUUGAGAAGGCGCUGAGGGAGAUCUCUGCGAGUAUUAGUGAAGAUAUGGAGAGCUUGAAAGCGAUUAGAAAGUUUGAUGAGCAGUAUGGGGAUGCGGGGAGGAAGAGGAGGGCAAAGAGGGGAAUUGGCUUCGAGGUUGUGUCGGGGAAGGUGGGGAGCGGAGAGGCGAGAGUUAGGCAGGUUGCGGAGGACGGGGGGGAGGAGAAGGGGGUUGCGGUAGGGGUUAAGGUUGAUGAGAGCGCGGCUGUUUAG